AUGAAGAGCUUCCUUGCAGCUGCUCCUCUUUUCCUGAUUUUUAUCCUGAGCGUCCAUCUCGGAGCUGCCAUACGUGCUGGUGAUGUGGCCAAGUUCUGCUGCUUCCAGUACGGCCAAAAGAUCCUUCCCUGGAGGUGGGUGAGUACCUACGAAUUCACCCAGAAUAGCUGCUCCCAGCAGGCUGUGAUAUUCACCACCAAAAGAGGCCAGAAAGUCUGUGCAAAACCGAACAAAACAUGGGUGCAAAGAUAUGUUUCCUUACUGAGGGCCCAGCAACAGGAGCGGCUGCUGAAUUUUCAGCCCCAAAUGCCCGGAUCCUGAUCUGCUCUUGGCUCUGCCUCCCUUGGUGGAGUCUGAACAAUUUAUCCAACAGAAUGCUCCAUGGGU